AUUUUGAAUAGCAAAAAUAUGAGUCCAUCUAAACUAAUUCCGGUCGAUGUUCUGGGCAAAGAAUACAAAAUUACUGGUAAAAGAAAUAUUCCAAGUAAUUUGGAUAAUAAUAAAAAUAAACAGAAGCUUAAUAAUCCUAAACCCCGCAAAGUGCUUACACUUAAAUCAUCUGAAGUCAGAAUGGACUAUGAACAA